UCUCCUACAACGAGCACGAACUUUGGGCGCUUUUUCCUCAGCAUCUUAGGACGUUGUUCCUCCUCUCCAUCUUCCGUCACUAUUGCUCCAGUUUUUUAACAGGACAUUUAUACAACAGGUAGUAUUUGAAAUAAUAAAGGCGAAAACAUCGCGCACGGGACCUUUUCAACUCAACUGAAUUCAUUUUUUAUUUGUACAUUACUUUUUAAUUUAUUUUCUAAGAACUUUUAGAAAUUUUUCAAAAUGGAAGAAUAAUAUCGUGAGCGCUUCACUUUCAUAUACUACAAAGAAAUCAGUGAAAACUGAAUAUAAAUAAGUAAAUACUUUGAAAAAUGAAAUAAUAAACUGAAAUCAAAUUUACAGGACCUUUUUAAGAAAAGUUUCUCUCAUUCCAUUUUUGGACUUUUUCGAUGAUCAUUUUUUUCAUACAUUUUAGAGACUGAGGUUGGUUUUUUUUAUAAACAUUCCACUCUUUUAGUGAUUUGCUACCUGACAUUUUAAGGUGUUCCAACUACUGUAAUCAUCAUUUAUACAACAAAUAUUUCUCUUCAUCGUGUUCGUAUUCCGCUCUUCUACUGAAAAUUCUCCCAGAACUUUCACUUCGGACAUAAACUUUUGAAUACUCUUUGCGUCAACAAAAUCAUAUUGAACAAUACUGUCAGAAAUUAUAAAAUAUGCGUUUUCCCUUUUUUCACAAAAAUCAAAUAACGCUGCUUGAAAAGCCAAUUUCCAGAAAACCAAAAGACUGAAGUUUACAAAAAAUUGGUGCAUUUGUUAUUUGAAGGAAAAUCUGAAUAGUGUUCAGAAUAAUUCAGUGACUUUUUGUAAGUUUUCGAAACUGAAAUGAUUGAUAUGGAGCAUGAAGUUUAGUUCAGACUGAGUGACUGAAGUAACACUUGGCUUUUGCUAAGGCAAAUGUCAUCUUGGAACUUUGAAAAAUGUUGUUUUUUUGUUUUUCUUGCACUGUUUUGUGGUGCGUCAACCAGUUUAACAAGCGAAAUGACUCCACCGACGAGUCAACCAUGUCCUAAAGACUGUGUCUGCUCUGGGAAUCCUGAUGCGCUUCGAGUUGAUUGCUCCAACCUGAAUCUAACUAGUGUUCCACCAGACAUAGGUCCAAUGACAUCAAUUCUGGACCUCAGUUGGAAUAACAUAAGGGAGCUAAACGAUGGUGAAUUUGCGAGGCUCACUCGCCUUCAAGAACUAAACAUGGCCAACAAUCAUCUUGAAAUCAUUCCUGAAACAGCAUUCCUGAAAUUGUCGACUCUCCGCACAUUACAUCUACAGAAUAAUAGAUUUCGAAGCAUUCCAUCACUUUCGUUUGCAUCAUUGGUAAAUCUGGAAAAUUUGUAUUUAAGCUACAACAACAUUGAUAUUCCCACUGAAGACACAUUUGCUUUACUUCCUCGCUUGCAAAAAUUAUGGCUUGAUGGUACUAACCUGAUUGAAACUCCAGUCAAAUCUUUACUUCCUCUCACCAAACUGGAAGCCUUGAAUUUGGCAUCAAACAACAUUCGGAUUAUUCCAGAUAAUUCUUUCCAGAAUCUGAAGAAGUUGGCUUUUCUAUAUUUGCAGAACAAUCAGAUUGAAUAUGUGGGUCCAAAUGCAUUUGAAGGACUUGUCUCGUUGAGAGUAUUAGAAAUCAACGGGAAUGCCCUUCUUGAUGUACCUCCAGCUCUUUCGGCACUGCCUCGUCUACGAGAACUGCUGUUAUUUGACAACAAGAUUAAAUUUCUACCUAAAACUAGCUUCUCUUCUAAUCCAGAGCUGACUACUUUAGAGUUGUCUGGAAAUCCAAUUGAAGCCUUUCACAGAAGUACCUUUUCUGGAUUGCCACGCCUCAAAAAACUAACAUUAUCAGAUGUUCGAUUGCUUGAUGAAUUUCCGGAUAUAACGGGCACUUCGGGUCUGGAGCAUUUACGCAUCGACAGAGCGAAUUUGAACAUGAUACCUGCGGAUUUGUGUUCUACAGUUCCUUUGUUACGAAGCUUGAAUUUGAAAUCGAAUAAACUAACUGAAAUUCCGGAAUUGAAUGGAUGCAAGGAACUAAGACUGAUUGACUUGAGCUAUAACAAUAUUUUGGCUGUCAGAGAGCAUGCUUUCACAAAUCAAGGUAAUUUGAUUGAUCUUUUCUUAAGUCACAACUCAAUCUCAGAGAUUACCAAAGAUAGUUUUGAAGGCCUCACCAACCUGCAAGUUUUAGAUUUAGAAAGCAAUGAGAUAGCAAAUAUUGAUCUGGAUGCAUUUGAACAUUUUAAAGAUCUUCGGGACUUAAAUCUUGGAGCUAAUAAAUUCCCAAAGCUUCCAACAAAGGGCCUGCAAAACUUGAGACAGCUGAAAACAUUCAACAAUAGAGAAUUGAAAGAAUUUCCACCAGUUUCCACUUUUCCUCGAAUAAACACGCUGGCGCUUUCAUAUGCAUAUCAUUGUUGCGAAUUCUUGGCUGCAGCUAACCAUAGGACAUCGGGACCAAGAGCUUCAACGUCCCUGCAAGAAACUAUAGUCUGGUUGUCGAAAGAAGAUGUGGAUAUGUCGUCUUGGAAUUCGAACAUUACUGAUAUUUAUCCAGAUUCUUCGGGAAAUUUUUCAAGAAAAUUUGAAGAGUUUGCAAACAAGCUGUGGAAAGCCUUUGGAAGAGAUUACACCAUUCCAGAUAAUCUAGCCCAGUAUGCAGAAGAAUAUUUUGAAGAUUAUAAAGCGUUGGAAAAUCCAUUAGCGAGGUUUGCGCUCCAGUGUCUGCCUGAACCAGGUCCCUUCAUGCCGUGUGAAGAUCUUUUUGGGUGGUGGAGCCUUCGAUGCGGUGUUUGGGUUGUAUUUCUGCUGGCUUUGCUUGGGAAUGGAAUAGUUGUCAUAGUUUUAAUCAUUGGCAGAAGCAAAAUGGAUGUUCCUCGGUUUCUUGUUUGCAAUUUAGCAGGUGCAGAUUUCUUUAUGGGUAUUUAUCUUGGAAUGCUGGCUGUGGUGGAUGCAUCUACUUUAGGGGAAUUUAAAGUUUCAGCUAUUAAGUGGCAGACAUCUGCUGGUUGUCAAGUUGCUGGAUUCUUUGGAGUCUUAAGCAGUGAACUGUCUGUCUUCACACUUUCUGUUAUCACACUGGAAAGAAAUUAUGCCAUAACCCAUGCUAUGCAUUUAAACAAAAGGCUUUCUCUACGUCAUGCUGGUUAUAUCAUGCUUAUAGGCUGGACUUUUGCGUGUGCCAUGGCUGCUUUACCUUUGAUCGGUGUAAGUGAUUACAAGAAGUUUGCCAUUUGUCUUCCCUUCGAAACAGAAGAUGUCUGGUCACUUUCUUAUGUGGUAUUCCUCAUUCUUAUCAAUGGUGUGGCAUUUUUGAUACUCAUGGGCUGCUACUUAAAAAUGUAUUGCGCAAUCAGAGGAUCUCAGGCAUGGAAUUCCAACGACUCAAGAAUCGCUAGAAGAAUGGCACUGCUAGUCUUUACAGAUUUUUUAUGCUGGGCUCCAAUCGCUUUCUUUUCCCUUACGGCUGUUUGUGGUUUACAGCUCAUAUCACUAGAGGAAGCAAAAGUCUUUGCAAUUUUCGUUUUGCCUCUGAAUAGUUGUGCCAAUCCUUUCCUUUAUGCCAUCUUCACCAAGCAAUUUAAGAAGGAUUGCAUUCAUAUAUGCAAACGAAUUGAGGAAUCUCGAGUAACACGAGGUAUCGGAAGAGGCAGACACAGUUCGAAUUUUUCUAACCGGCAGACACCUGUGACCACUAAUUCGGCCGCUGCAGUUGCUACGCCAGGAAGCGACAGUGAACAACCGCCAAGAUGUCGCAACUUUUCGACAGACGUCUGUCGUUGCAGUAAUAAAACUUCAUGGAAAUCAAAGGAUAUAACUCGUGAAGGAUGGAAAGAAUGGGCCUUGAAAUAUUGUUUGUGCAGAAGGCAACAAAAGGAUAGAAACGACUGCGAUGGUUACACUUAUGCAAUAGCACAAAUUCAGAGGAAUAUGGAAAAACGAAAUAAGCACACGACUAGUAUUUCCAGUGAAAACUUUUCUUCACGCUCGGACAGCUGGAGACAAGGUAAUAUACCUCUGCGAUUGAUGGAUCAUGAAACAAGGCGAGGAUCUUGGUCGUUACACAGAAAGGCUUCUGAAGAUUCAAAUAUGUCUUGUAGCCGGCAAGAUUCAUCUACAUCUACUUUUCAUAUGUCACGUUCAAGUUUCAGUAGCGAUAGCUCCUCUCAGCCUCGUUCUACUCGGCCAUUAUUGGGUUCUGGAAUCUCAAGUAAUAAAGAUUCAUUUCGAACAAGUCGGGAAAGCAAGCCUAGAUUAUGUCGUCAAGGUGCAGUGAGUGAUGAAAGGUCGAUAACGCAUAACAAGCAUGAGCUGCCUCGUCAUUUGAUCAAGGAGAAAAACAUUGAUGGUCUAUGUCCAGUUUGUGUCAGAAAAGAAGGUUUUAAAAGUAAGGAGUUGGAAGAAAAAUUUGCCUGUUUCUAUAAUCGUCUGGUUGAGAGCAGCUGUGGAGAAACCAGCGACACAUUUUCAUCUAAAGAAGAUCAAAUAGUAUUUUUAAGUGAAAAUCAGUCAAUGGGCGAGAAAAUACUACUUACACCGAUUACAAAAGAAGCUACAGAGAUUCAAAGACCACAUAUUGAAGUAAAUCCCAUGGAAGAUAAAGGAAAUGUCGUUUUAUCGAUUUUCAAAACAGAAAAUGCAAGUGAAAAUGCUGAUGAAUAUGCAGAAGGGUUUUCUAAGUCACAUUUUGGUACCAAAGAUAAACAAAAUAUGAAAAGCCGAAGUUUGAUGAAUAUCAAUGCGAAAGUUAUUAAUGAAAAGGCUAAAAAUUCUUCCUCGGAAAACUCGCUUAUCAAAUUGCCAGUAACCAGUACAUCAGAUGUAUUUAAAACCUUACCUAGUCAUGUACAUCUUGGUAAACAUCUGUAUGAUGUUGAAACAAAAUUAAAAAUGACAAAUUUGCGCGCUUCAAAAAGUGAAAAUGUGGUUCAGAAAUGUUGCGGAAACGAUGAUUGCUCGAAUUUGUUCACCGAGUUUAAUUUCGUAAUAAAUAGAAGCGAGAGUGCAAAAACAGAUUUGCAAAGUUGGAAUUUAUUAUCAACAGCAGAAAUGAAUGAAACAAAAAAAUCCACUUCAUCACCAAAUAUUACAGUAAAGCAUUGUGAAACAUCACCUUUAAUUGAUAAUGAGAAGUGAUGAUGAAAAGUUUUCUUUAAAAUGUAUUGUUAGCUAGUCCUAUUUAUAGUAGUUUCAGUUCCUAAAGUACAUGUAAUUCUGAAUUUCAAGUGCAUGUGUUCAUGAAAAGCUUUAAGAAAUACCAAGAAAAAAAAAUUGUGUAUGUGUAUCACUUAAGUGUUGAAUGUGCCAAAUUAUACUCUAAUUGUGUGAUCUGUGGUUAGAAGACUGUGAAAUGUUUUCUUAAUAUGUAUGCUGAGUAUUACAAGUCCAUUGUGCAAACAAAUUGCUUGUUUUCUAUGAUCAAAGUAUCUUACAAAAUAGAACACUUUUUAUUCAUAAAUCUACCAAGAUGGAAUCAAAAUCUCAAUGUUAAAGAACCCUUUGUAAGAUUUUAACAAAUUGAAAAAAAAAGUACAACUUAAUUUGAACUGUCAUUUACAAAAGUAAGAUUUAAAAGAAUAGUUGAAAUUGUAGAAAGGUAAAUUUGCCAGGAUAAAACAGCAGAAUUUGUCUGAGUGAAGAUUUUACAGCUCUCUCUCCUCAUUUAUCUUUUUCUGCCAGAAAGACUCUUAAUUAGGAAAUGACUGUGCUAAUAUUUUCUACAACGCAACUGAAUGAUCCUUAGUUUGCUAGUUUUUAUUCAUUUGUAAUAUGCAUAAUGACAAAAAUAUCUGAUGGAUAGUUUAUAUUCUAAAAUUAUAAAAAUGCAAAUAAAUAUUGUUGCAUUAAGAUUUCUUGAUAUAUUAAAACCAGGAACAUUUUGAGAGCCGUACAAAAGGCAUUUAAAAUGAGUCUCAUUUCGAUUUCAAUAUUUACUGUCAUGUUUAUCAUUUCAAGAAAACAAAAAUGAAGACAAUUCGAAUUCCAUCUGAUUUUGGCUGCGUCCAUUUUAUCGUUCUUACUUAAAUAUUUUGAAGCAAUUACAGUGAAAAAAGAAACCAAGAAAUGUUGUAAUUUAUCCAGCAAUAUAAUUUUAUCUGAUCUUACCUACUUAACAUAAUUUUAAAAUGUGUGAAGGGAAAAUGUCUUUUCGAACUCUCAUAAAAAGAAGUAAAUAAAUGCACGAGAUUACUUCAAGUCCAUCGACUGAGAGACAAUAACACAGCAGUUUUCAAAAGAUUAUUUUUUCUAUAUGUAUUAAUCAAUUAGGCAUUGUUGUCGUGUAUU